AUGACGGAGUACGCAGAUGACCAGCAUCGAUUGGUGUAUCAGGGGGACAGGGAGGAGGAGGAUCGGAGUCUGUGGGGCCAUUUGCUCUCUGGUGUCCGCACUACUGCCUACAGCUCAACAACCUCUACAAACAAGGGCUUGUCUCAGAUGGUGAUUGAGGAGGUGAGUCUGCAGACUCAGCUGGAGAUCGAGAAGUCGUGCCGGGAGAAUGCAGAAGCCCUGGCCACAAAGCUGAACUGUGAGAACAGGAAGUUCAAGUACCUGAGCCUGUCGUCCCGUCCGUGUUUGGACGAGCUGCUUCCCAGCAUCUCCGACUGCAUCGCUCUGGACGCCGACGCCGACGCGGCCGACGGCGGCACCGACACCUUCACCCAGUACCAACAACAGGUUAAAGAUCUGAGGGAGAUGGUGAACACCUUACUGGAGGAGAAGAAGAGUUUUGUGUGUCAGAUUCAUGAACAGCAGAGGCGGAUAGAAGAGCUGACUGCACAGUCGGAGAAAGGUCAGGCCGAGAUGAAGGAGCUCCGUGAAACUAACGAGAAACAAAGUAAAACCAUCAAGAGGUUUAACAGAGUCUCCGUGAUGGCGGCGCAGGAGUACGACGGGAUGAAGGAGCAGCUCGACCUGGAGCAGAGCCUGAGAGCCAAAGCCGAGACGUAUGCACACGAGAUGCUGGUGAAACAGAAGGAGGCCAACAGGCAGAGUAUGCUGCUGCUGCAGAGCGCUGAGCCCAGCGUUCAGCUUCUGAAAGCUCUGGAGGACGUCGCCGCCGUCACCAAAACGCUGGAGGAGGAGCGUCUGCAGCAUCAGCAGAAAGUGGCGAGCCUCGAGGCCCAGCUGGAGCAGAGCUGUGUGAAGCAGCAGCUGGAGGCGCUGCAGAGGCAGCUGGAGCUGCUGGAGGAGGCCAAGAAGGAGGUGGAGGGACGAGUGGAGCAGGCAGAGAAGAAGAACGAGGAGCUGGAGAGCAGAGGAACCCGGGGUCGCCCGCCCCCCCCCCCUCCCCCGCAGCCCCCACCUCCCCCUCCUCCUCCCCCUCCACCCCCGCCCCCACCUCCCCCCUCGAGAUGCAACCCCCUCAGAGUUCCACACAUGUGUCUCUUCACCGAGGCGGGGGGUUGGUGGGGCUUCGGACAUCAGGGCCAAAAAUCCGAACCGGGUCUUUGCUUUUUCACACACAUAAACCUGGUCUGGGCCAAGGAAAACGGUUCUAACUCAGAAACCAAACUACGCUGGCCCGAGAAAGAACCGGUUACUCAGGGAAACCAGAACCACCGUGGUCUGGGGGGAAACCAGAACCCCGUGGUCUGGGAAGGAACCAACGGUCUUGCUGCUCUCAGGCUGGGGAAGAUCCAGCUGGUCUUAGAGAACCGGAUGAACCAGCAUGAACUGCACUCAGAACCAACCAGACCCGCACUUGCCCCUCCAGCGGGCGAGGGCGACGACGUGAAGGCGAAGGCGGUGAACGAGAUGAUGGAAAGGAUCAAACAUGGCGUCGUCCUGCGGCCCGUCAAGAGUCAGGACAGCAAGGUGAGGAUGACGUGCAGACCGAGAGGUUUAACUCCGCUGGCCGCCUGUAAUCGCGAGGAGAAACCGCAGGAGAGCGCCAUGGAGGAACUGAAAGGCAUCCUGGAGACGGUGAAGCGGAGCCCAAGCCGAGGCUCCCAGGAGUCGGGGCCGUCGCCUCCGGGGAAGAAGGACAGCGAGCUGGAGGUCAUCCUGAGACGCCGACGCAACAGGGCGGGGGAAGCCGGCUCCGGAGAUGAGCGAGAGGGCCAGAUGAGUCACGUGUCCUCCCUGGACAGCCUGAACGGGAGGCGCACCAGCAGCGACUCGGGCAAGGAUCCCGAUGGCCCGGCGGGGCUGAGCGUCCCGAUGGACUCGGGUGCUGGUCCCAGGGUUAGCCCGGAGAGACCGGGGCCCGUCGUGGCCCGGAGGAAGAGCUCCGACUCGGGCAAAGUGUCCCGGGUGGGCUCCUGGCAGGAGAGGAGGUCCUGCAGCUCUCUGUCGGAGAAGGAAACAGCCGAGUCGCCGGUCAGCAACGGCUGCAUCAACAGUGGGGGGGACGAGGAUGGAGAUGCAACCGAGUCGCGAGUCCAGUCCAACGGCGUGGAGCACAGCGGACCCGUCGGGGACGCACACGCCACCCUCUGUGCCGGCCCGGUCAACGGCAGCACGGACGCCGAGUGCUAGGACUACGGGAGUCCACAGGAUCCCAGGCUGGUUUCUGCAAUCUGAUGCAUGCGUUUCAAUUGGCCGAUGUGAGAGUUACUCUCAGAUGAGAAGAACAGGUUUAGGGUGCGAUCACACGUUUUGCCUUUUGUUGCCCUAAUGGAUCAGAAAAUUGACUUUGUCGUAUUUUUGUAUUUCUUUUUUUUUUGUUUUUCAGAUUUACGCUAAUCAUUUAAAAGCUAACCGGGAGCCUGGUUACACGACUGGAAUUUACGGGGCUAAUUUAUUAAACGGGUCCGAGCAUUUCUGAUUCCAUUUCCUGAAGCUUUCUUUCACCUCUAACACGUGUCGAAGAAGGUGAACAUGAUUGCAACCCCCCGAGUUCAAAUGUCACUGUUCUCAACUGGACAAAUUAGGCUCGUUCGAGAUGAGCCAGGUCACCGGCGGUCGCCGCCCAAUGCAUGCUGGGUAGAUUUGAGACCCACUAGAUCCUGACUUGCUCUGACGUUACGCACACAUGGGCAACGAUGACCUCGUGAAAUCAAGGCGGCCGCGGGUUUUAAACCCCGACGCCACAGUUGUUCUCCACUGACAGCAAGACCCAGGGCAUGAUGGGAAACAGCUGGCUCUCAGCUGAUCCAACAGCUGAUUGGUUCAGAAUUGACUCAACAUGAUGAUGACGUUUGACAUCAAGUUUUUGUUAUCUUUUAACCCUUCUGAGGACAGAAGACGCACCGCCACAUCCAGAAAGUAAAACGCGAUAUUACAAAAUUUCAUAUACAUGUAUAUAUAUUUAAAAAAAAGAAUUAAGAUCAGUGUUUCAGCUAUUGCGCCAAAUUAUCUCUAGAAAAAAACGUGGAAGAAGAAAACCAUGUUUCAUUUUUGAUAUGAAACACAUGGGGAUCAGUUUUAUACUAAUAACCCAAAAAAGGUACAUUUAAGAAGAAGUGUGAAAGCUCCCUUAGACCUCAGAGGAAGAAGAGAGAUUUCAUUUGAUCUUUGUCUGAUUUAAAGACUUAUUCAUGUAUUCUGCAGAAUACAUGUUGUGACGUUUAGCCUAGCAGUCAGAUUACUGAUCAUCUGCAGUCGGUCCCAUAUUAACUUCAGCAACAGAUCACCUGGAGCGCAUUUUAACCGCUACUCUGUCAUAAUAACAACAACUGGACACGGUCUUCAAGCGCAUAAUAUGGGUCUGAUGACAUUUUAUUAAAUUGGAAUCUGACCUUCCAGGAUGUGUUUUUCUGUGACUUCCUGUUCAGACUGAAGACUGCUGGAAACAGCUGGAAACUGUACAACCUGAUUGCAGAUUUUCGACACCGCCCCCCCCCCCCCCCGGCAGAUCAUCUCGAACGAGCCUAUUAUCUCGACUUAAGUUGGAUUUGCUGCAGAUAAACUGUUCAGAACAUACUUGAUGUGAACGCACCCUAACUUAUCAGCCGUUGUAGAAGCCCUACAUCUCCCCAAUCAAACUGGGUCUGACAUCUUAUUCAACUUUAUAGCAUUUGAAAAACAAAUUGAAGUGUUUUUGAAAUAGUGUUGAGUAAAAGUUGACAUAUUCCAGUCUGUGAUUAUCCAUCAACAUCCAUUCCUUUAAUUUUAGUCUCAAUAAUUCCUAAUUUCUGCUUUUACAACUCAAACAUUAAUUAUAAUUUCCUAUAAAUGAGGUUUAUUGACACAAAAAAAUCCCAACUUUGCU